AUGGCGGCUAGUGGGAAGGACAUUUUGACCGCAUAUCCCCCCAAAAUUUCACGUGAUUCAAUACUCUCAGUCUAUCCAUUGCACUGGCACGUCUGGCAUAAAGAUGCCUCGUCACUCGAAGAAGAACUUGCUUUGAACAAGCACAAUAAAGAGUUACUGGACCCUCGAGGACGGACUCCACUUCAUCUUGCGGUUAGUCUGGGUUAUGUGGAUUGUGUAAAGUGUCUUCUUCGCGGAGGCUGCGAUGCAAACGCUAUUAAUCAGGAUGGGUGGAAUGUGUCACAUGAAGCGAUUAGCACUGGAAACCCUGAAAUUUUAUCACUUGUACUUCAACACCGAGAUUUUCAAAGAGGAAGUCAAAGGCUUGCUGGAAUUCCUGAACUAUUGGAAGAACUCAAUUCUACUCCAGAUUUUUAUGUGGAAAUGAAAUGGGAGUUCACCAGCUGGGUACCGUUUAUGUCCAGAAUGUGUCCCAGUGAUACAUAUAAAAUAUACAAAUGUGGAGCAAAUGUUCGAGCUGACACCACGUUAAUUGGCUUUGACCAGAAUGACUGGCAGAGGGGUAAUAGGAGUUACAUUUUUAAGGGUGGAGCGGAAGGAGGAGAAUUUUUAGAGAUUGAUCAUGAAAAAAAGAGAUACUUCAAAGAAACUUUGCAUAUUAGGGAAGAUUUUCGUGACCUGGAGGGGCUUAAACCUUCAGAAGAUGUUAUCAAUGCCAGAUUAACAACACCAGCUGUUGCUACCAUGCUUAACACAGAUAAUAUUGCAUUUACAAGGCACAAGACCAUGUGGGGGUGGGGUGGAGACAAGACAGAGGUAGUGAAUGGAUAUGAGUGCAAAGUGUAUACAGCAAGUGGGGUGGAGGUUCUCACUAAAACACGAGUGGAGCACUUGAAUGCCGAGGAUAAACAGAUGGCUCAAAAUACAAAUGAUACAUUUGCUGCAAAUGGUCUACAAACUCUCCUUGGUAUUGAGGAAGAGAAUGUAUCAAAUAAUGUGGAGGAUGACCAAGUUGGUUCAGACUUAGAUCGUACUUCUUCUAACCCUUACAAAAUGAGUUUAGAGGAGUACUUUAAUCCUAAUCCAGAAUCAAAUACAAGGGAUAUUGGAAAAUUGAAAGAAAUGACAGUGAAGAAGCAGAAAUUUAAAGCUACAAUUUCAAUGUGUGACAAGCACCCGUUGUCUCUUCGUGAACAAGUGCUUCCAAUUGUCAAAUUACUGGCUAUCAGCAACACUCAUUUUGCUAAGCUUAGGGACUUCAUUGCACUUCAUCUACCAACAGGAUUCCCGGUCAAAAUAGAAAUUCCUUUGUUCCAUGUCCUAAAUGCCAAAAUAACGUUUGGUAAUAUUGGGGGAGGAGAAUGUUUAGUGGAAGGAGUGCAUGCAAUCAGAGCUGAUAUACAGGAAACUGGAGAGGAUAGUCACACCUCUACUGAGGGGGAGGAACAGCCCCUUGUAGAUGGGCUGGCUGCAAGGUGUGUCAUAGAAUCAACUUGUUUUGAUGCUCCAGCAGACUACCGAGAGGUUAAUCUGGAUCAACCAGUUGCUCCUCUUAGAGAUGAAGAAGAUGAGAUGCUACAACUAGUAAUACAACAGAGCUUACUUGAAUAUCAACAAGAUCCUUCACAGAUUGUGACUCUUCAGACUUUACAAGGCAGCCAGCAACAAGAAGAUGAUGACUUGCAACGUGCAAUAAGAGAAAGUAUGAGAGAAAGUGGUGUUGAAGAGGGAGAAACCCCGCAAGUUCUUCCUGUUCAAAGACAAGAAGGAGAUGGAGUCAUUGCCUAUGAUGAAGACUUGCAGCUGGCUAUGGCACUUUCUGAACAGCAGCUGGAGGAAGAUGAACGACUUCGAAAACAGGAAGAAGAAGAGCUGGCUCAAGUCAUUCAGCUAUCUCUUGCAGAAAAUUAACUUGUAUAGCUUUCAGAUCAGGCUAUAAAAACUGUAAAACUGUAUUUGCGUUUAAUUCUUCAAACUAAAGUGAAGUAGUCGGUAUAUUUAGUAACUUCUUAAAGUGAAGUUGAAGCUCUGAGAUUUUUUGGGAAGUUAUUGACUAUUUAUUGUUUAUUUUUGAAAUGGAUUACAACAGCAAAAAAGAAAGAAGGCAUUGAAAAUGAGUUAUAAAAUUAGGAAACUACAAAAAUUAUGAGUAUCAUUAGGUAGUUCUCUUGGCAUUUUACAUUUUUUUUUGAUAGCAAGAUCGUGCCACGUGUGACUUAACAGUCUUGUGAACAAUGACUUCAUGUAUGAAAAAUGGUAUUAUUUUCAAUCUGCUGCAUUCAUUUUACGUG